UGCCCAUGUUUAUUUUGAAUCUCAGAUUUUGAUAAGUUUUCUUGAUCUGACGGGAUUCCGCGGUUUUCCGAAAUAUUUGUGAAAGUGUUAGAUUUUAACUGAUCAAUUUCAUACUAAAAAAGGGAUUAGUGAGUUCAAAUGAGUCUCAAUGACGACGAAGAAGUGGAAUGCGCUUUUUCUGCCACCGCAGAGCAGUUGGAGGCAGAGGACCAGAAAAAACAAGAGUUGCAAGAAAACGAUGCACUUGGAGAGCUGGUAGAUGCCGAAGAAUUUCUAGCUUCGGAGGGAGCUCCGAUGCUUGAAUAUGAGCGGCAGAUGUUCUUCGAUUUACUUCAUUCAGAUGGUUUGAUGAUUUGUGCAAAAGGAAUCAGCUAUGAGAAGGUUUUAGUAAAUUUGCUAAAGCUUUUCUGUGAAACAACGACACUUGUGCUGGUCGUAAACUGCUCAGACCAUGAAGAACGGUUGUACACGCUGCAGCUUGGGGAACGUUCAAUUCGUGAAUCUUCGACCAAUGCGGCAGAACGCGAAAGGGUUUACCUUCAUGGAGGCAUUCAAUUCAUUAGCACUAGAGUUCUGGUUGUGGAUCUACUGAAAAAUCGAAUACCGAUUGACCUCAUAACAGGUAUUUUCGUGGUAAACGCUCACGAAAUUAUAGAAUCCUGCCAAGAAGCAUUUGCUCUCCGUCUGUAUCGACAAAAGAACAAAAAUGGCUUCAUUAAGGCGUUUUCUAAGAAUGUUGAAGCCUUUACGUACGGCUAUGGUCAAGUGGAAAAAGUAAUGCGAAAUUUGUUCGUCAAAGAACUUUUUAUAUGGCCUCGCUUCCAUGCCACCAUUCAGAAAUCUCUGAAGCCUUGGGAACCCAUCAUCGUGGAAAUACAAAUCCCGAUGAGCCAGAAAAUGAUUCUACUGCAAACAAACAUUUUGGAUAUAAUGAACUAUUUGAUCAAAAACAUCAAAAGUCUUAAUAGACACGUCGAGCUCCAGGAAGUGACAGUGGAAAAUUGCGUUACGAAAAAAUUUCACAAGAUUUUGCAGGCACAAUUGGAUACGAUUUGGCAUCAGUUGAGUUCGCAAACGAAGCUCAUUGUUGCUGACUUGAAGGUGCUUCGCAGUUUGAUGAUAUCUACCAUAUAUCACGAUGCAAUCACCCUUUUCGCCACAAUGAAAAAAUAUCGUUCAACUGAGUAUGCUCUCAGUAAUUCCGGAUGGACAAUUUUGGAUUCAGCAGAGAAAAUGUUCAACAUUGCCAAAGAGCGUGUGUUUAACAAGAAUGACGAAUUUGAACCAGAACUCUGUCCAAAGUGGAAAGCAUUAACCGAAGUGCUGCGACAAGAAAUCCCGUCCGAUAUUAAAGAGACUGCAAAGAAAAUUCGUAGCAAGGAUGAACGCCAAAAGUAUCUCCAUCAGCAGGUGAAGGUCUUGAUUCUAAGUCAAGAUGCAAGAACAUGCUAUCAGUUGAAUCAAUAUUUAACACAGGGAGCAGAAAAGUACCUCUUUUAUAAUGCCAUGAAAAACGAUGUGACUGUAUCGAAAUUGGCAGAGUCGUAUCGUCUGUUUCAUACAAGCAAUGACGGAAAUACAUUCAAUAUUCAAAAUGUUGAAAAAUUUGUGGAACCCAAAACAGCACCUAAACAGCAACCAGUACCCGAAGAGCCAAAAGGAAAUUUUCUGCGAGAAAGAAUCGCAAAACGUCGCGCUGAGGCAGCUAAGAAGGCAGAGGAAGAAUCGAAGGACCAAGACGAAGGAGAGCAUUCGAAAAUGUCUGAAAUGGAAGCUGACUUAUUGGAUAAGGAAGAGCAUGAGGAGUACCAUUGCUUCAGAGACUCCUACAUUCUCACAAUGACGCAGAAAAGUGAUGCCAACCGUACCGUCUCGGACGACGGCGAAGAGGAUGAUCUGUACGAUGUCACCCAGCUGGAAUGCGGUGAGUUUGAAUCCUUUGCGGAAAUGGAAAAUAUGGACGUCACAAAGAUUGUGAACGAGUCGAACAGACCGAUGGUGUUUAUCCAAACGUUCAAAAGCGAGAUCAACGGCACGACAUCACUGGAUCGCACAUUGGAGGAGAUCAAACCUCGUUACAUCGUACUGUACCACAGCAACAUAACGGCAAUUCGACAGAUCGAAGUAUAUGAGGCGCGUCAACAGCGGCAGGAGUUAGCUAGAGUACGAGUCUUUGCUAUCAUUCAUUCCAAAACAGUCGAAGAGCAGUCCUUUUUGACGUCGAUAAGGAGGGAGAAACAGGCAUUCGAGUGGGUCAUUGGCGUCAAACGGACAAUGGUCGUUCCGGAAUACCAGGAUGGAAAAUGUGAGGAUGCCAUUACAAUGUUGCAAAAAAAGCAGGAGAUUUCUUCGAGGCAAGCCGGGGGCCAAAUAACUGCCACUGAAACCGUAACCACUCCACGAAUAAUUGUUGAUAUGCGAGAAUUCAGAUCGGAUUUGCCCUGUUUGAUCCAUCGCCGUGGUAUUGAGGUAGUGCCCCUUACGAUCACGAUCGGCGAUUACAUUCUGACCCCAGAGAUAUGCGUGGAGCGAAAAUCUAUUUCCGAUCUCAUCGGCUCGCUCAACUCGGGGCGCCUCUACAACCAAUGCGUACAAAUGACUCGCUUUUAUAGCAAACCAAUUCUGCUGAUUGAAUUUGACCAGAAUAAACCCUUUCACUUGCAACGCCAUUUCAUGAUGUCGGGCGAUUCAAGUUCAUCCAAUGCAGACAUUAUGCAAAAGUUGCAACUGCUCACGCUGCAUUUUCAGAAGUUGAAGCUCGUUUGGUCACCGAGUCCUUAUGCCACCGCCCAGCUGUUCGAAGAGUUGAAGCAAGGCAAACUGGAACCCGAUCCUGACGUGGCCACCUCGCUUGGAUCGGACGAAGCUGGUGGCGAAGGCGAGAAUAUUGUGGACCGAACUAAUCCCAACAUACACGAUUUUCUGAUGAAGUUGCCGGGAAUAAAUUCUAAAAACAUUGGACGGGUGAUGAGGAAAUGCAAAAAUCUAAAAGAGCUGCUCAAAAAGAGCGAGAAUGAACUGGAGGAGCUGUUGGGGGGUAAGCUGCAAGCCAAAAUGAUGUGGGAGAUAUUACAUGUGGCUCACAAACCUGUUCAAGGAGAUGCCGGAGAGAAGCAGUUUACUUCAAAGUUCAAACGAGGACUUGGUAAAAGAAAUUUUUAAAAAUUUUGUUACGUUGUAUUUAUUAUUGGAAAAAAAAUUGAGAAAAAAAUAGUUUAUUUUCCAUGUUAGGUUGCUGAACAGCAUGUCGUCAUUAAUUCAUGAAAUAAGAUAAUG